CUGACAUUUAUACACAAACUGAUCUUCCUUUCAUUCAAGGCUUUUAAUUUUUGUGAGUUGAGUGAUUGAGAUGCUAAUGAAACUGUUACUCACAGUGGAACUGUAUUUGGUAUUUGUUUGCUUCAUCUUAGUUGAGAAAAAUGAGACUAAAUCCAGUGAAAUUGAAGUAGAAGAAGAUCGGAAAAUUCUUGAAGAAAGUGUAAAACUUUAUGGCUCGCCACGAUCUACAACUACCCUCAAUUUGCCAGGCCCUCAACUAACUAGAAGCUUUCUAGAUGAUGUAUCCACACAAGUUAAAUUUAAUAAUAGUGGAACGGGAAAUUAUACUUUUGAGUUUUUUUCGAAAGAGGACAAAUUUGCCUAUCUGGGACGCUACGAAGUUGGCGAAUUGAAGACAAUUGGUAAUGAAACAAUUCAAACAGUUCGAGGACAAUUUUCUGAAAAAAUUCAAGUAGCGGAAGACAUAUUUUAUAUUAGAACUAUUGGAUAUGCAGCCGACCAAAAUGGUUACCAACCGUUUUUACUAGACCUUUCAAAAGUCAAAACUACAUACAAGUUGGUUCCUGCAAUUGCCCAUUUAGUGGGAGCGCCAAUGGGGCCAAAAAUUGCGAUUUCAUCCACUGUCAUAACAACGUUAUUAGGAGGAAAUCUGGGCUGAUAAAAAAAAAUUUGCUUUCCAAAAAAAAAGAAACAAACGAUAAUUCCAUUUAUUAAUAAAAAACUUUUUUUGUAGGUUUUA